UACAUCCCGGCACUAGAUCCCCACGUGGGUAAUCCCGGGUUAAAGUUAUGGAUUCACAAUACAAAAUUAUACAUCCUGUAAAAUAUUUGCAAGAUCACUUGGCACAAGAUGUUCGACCAGAUGGUAGGCAAUUUUUAUCUUUUCGCCCAAUAAGUGUAAAUAUAUCAUCAAUUACUCAUGCUGAUAGCUCAGCUAUAUUCAAAAUUGGUAAUACAACAAUUGUAUGUGGUAUUAAAGCUGAAUUAGCAGCACCUAAAGCAGAAUCUCCAGAAUAUGGUUAUAUCGUGCCAAAUAUAGAACUUCCUCCAUUAUGUUCUCCCAAAUUUAGACCAGGUCCACCAAGUGAUCAAGCACAAGUUGUUGUAAAAUUAAUUGAAAAUAUUUUGAGAAAUUCAGCAGCUAUUGACUUGAAAGAUCUUUGUGUCUUUAAAGGUAAACUAGCAUGGGUCUUAUAUUGUGACCUUGUGUGUAUUAAUUAUGAUGGUUCAAUAAUCGAUGCUUGUAUUGGAGCAUUGACAGCUACACUUAAUACUUUAACUUUACCUGAAACACUUUAUAACAUAGAAACUGGAAGUGUAUCUGUAAAUUAUACAAAAAGAUUAAAAUUUCCAAUUAAAGCAUUACCAGUGUCUGUAAGCUUUGCAAUAUUUAAUGACCAAUUAUUGGUUGCUGAUCCCACUGAUGAUGAAGAAAGUUUAUGUUUAGGAAGAUUGACAAUUGUAAUGAAUGAAGACAAGAUUUGUUGCAUACACAAACCUGGUGGAAUUCCAAUUUCGCAAGAUUUAUUUUUAAAAAGCUUAACUAAAUGUAAAAAAAGAGCAGAAUUAAUAAGAUCACUAAUUGAUGCUGCUGUGUCAACAAUUAAACAGGAACAUUUGAAUGAAUGAAAAAUUAUACAAAAUUUUGAUGUAUAAUAAUAAAACUUUUUAUAAUUA